UGAAACGUUGAAAACAGCUGUAGCAGCCAGGUUUUAUUUACAAAUUCGUGCGAAAUGGGUGAACGUAAGGGACAAAAUAAAUAUUAUCCGCCCGACUAUGAUCCGAAGAAGGGCGGACUCAACAAAUUCCAGGGCACGCAUGCCCUUCGGGAGCGUGCCCGGAAGAUUCACCUGGGCAUCAUCAUCAUCCGCUUUGAGAUGCCCUACAAUAUCUGGUGCGACGGCUGCAAGAACCACAUCGGGAUGGGUGUGCGCUAUAAUGCGGAGAAGACCAAGGUGGGCAUGUACUACUCCACACCGAUCUACAAGUUCCGCAUGAAGUGCCACCUCUGUGACAAUCACUUCGAGAUCCAAACAGAUCCCGGCAACCUCGACUACACCAUCCUGUCUGGUGCGCGACGCCAGGAGAACCGCUGGGAUCCGCUGCAGAAUGAGCAGGUGGUGCCGGAAACGAAGGAGGUGCAGAAGCGGCUCUUCGACGACGCCAUGUACAAGCUGGAGCACCAGGCCAAGGAUGCCAAGGCAGCCGCCGACGCCAAGCCUGUGCUCCAGAAGCUGUUCGAGCGCAACCAGAGCGUGUGGGACGACACCUACGAGGCCAACUGCCGCCUGCGGACCGAAUUCCGUCACCAAAAGAAGGAAAUAAAGGGCCAGCAGGAACUGGAUCGCCAGCUGCUGGCCAAGAGCAGUCUCGACUUAACUCUGCUGCCAGAAACAGACCAGGACCGGCAAAUGGCGGCACUGAUGAAGCUUCAAACCAAAUCGGCCAUUGAGCGGGCAUCAGAGCAGCGCCUGGAUCUACUCAUGCGACCGGCAUUGCCCGGAGCCACUGCAACAACGUUCGGUGGCCUGAAGCGGCAGAAGAUUCUCAACUCACAGCUGCAGCUGCAGGAUUUGGGCAUUCGACGGAAGCAAGUCCAGUCGGACCAGUCCGCUGAUGUGGCUUCUGCUCCCGAUAAGUCGGAAGAUGGGGCUUCUGUUCCCGAAAAGUCGUUGAGUCUGGUGGGAGAAUACUCCUCCUCGGAUAACGACUCGAACAGUUAAUGCACAAUAAGUAUAAUAAUACAAAUUAAAAUAAGAACAACAAUGACACGCCAAACAA